AUGGGCAUCACGGCUGGCGGCGGUGCUGCCGAGUCCGCGGGCGCUUCGGGCGGCGCCAAGGCGGCGAAGAAGGCCAAGAAGUCGCGCAAGGCGCUGCACAUCGCGCCGCCGCGCAUGAAGUCGCGACGGAAGGCGCGCCAGGUGACCACGAACUUCCACCGCCUGACGCACGAGCUGGACCGCCUCAAGCAGCAGAAGCCGACGGACCCGGCGCAGCAGCGGGAGCGCAACGAGCGCGUGGCCGAGAUCAACAAGCAGCUGGACGCACUGGGCGGGCGCCAGGCCUACCAGGACGCCAGCAUCCUGAGCACGAGCUUCCACCGCACGUCCAAGUGGGUCUUCCAGCUGCUCACGCGCUUCGAGCUGCGGCCCAAGGCCAAGCAGCCGCCGCUGCGCGUGCUGGAGGUGGGCGCCAUCAACACGCAGCUGCUGUCGUGUCCGUGGCUCGACGUACGCGCCAUCGACCUGAACUCGAGGCACGAGCGCAUCGAGCAGCGCGACUUCUUCAGCCUCAAGCCCGAGAGCGAGUUCCAGGUGCUCGUGUCCAGCAUGGUGCUCAACUGCGUGCCAGGCGCCGACAAGCGCGGCGAGAUGCUGCGGCUCUAUCGACAACACUUGAAGGAGGGCGGGCUGCUGUUCCUGAUGCUGCCGCUGCUGUGUCUGCGCCACUCGCAGUUCAUGACGUACGCGCGCUUCACCAAGAUCCUGGAGGCUGUGGGAUUCCGCGUACGCGAGACCAAGGAGUCGCCCAAGGUGGCCUUCUUCUGCUUGGAGCGAAUUGAGACGGUGAACGAGGCGGCCUCGUUCCCCCAGAAGCUGCUGAUGCCGGGCGACAAGCGCAACGACUUCAGCGUCGUCAUCUGA